CAUUCAACCAACAAUAACUCAAAAUGCUAUAAUUGAAAUAUAAAAAAUCAUGUUGGCAAUAUUAUUGAGCAAUAAAACAUUAUUAACUAUGUUCAGUUGUUGACAUUAAAUCAGAUUUCUAACAUUAUAAUAUCUUUGGUUCAUACGAAGCUUCAACUAAAUGUUAAUACAUAUUAUAAAUAUUUCAUAUUAUGGGCAAUAAUUGUACCUGUUGGAAACAUGACCCAAUAAAUUAGAUUGAAGUUAGAGGCAAUUAAAAACCAAGAUGGCAAAGUCUAGAACUUUUAAAGAGUUAGGAACAAAAAAUCAUACAAGUUUAGUCUUGGAUCCGUGGUUGGUAGGCUCGUUAAAGAGUUUGGAAAAUGCAAUUACAAAAAUACAAUGAUAGUGUGAAUGAAUAGUUAAGAACGUAGCCACUGUUUUUAAGGUAGGUAUUCCACAAGUGUGAUUAAUGUUGGUUAGAGACAGCUGCCUCUAUUUGAAUUUGGAAUAGAGGAUAUAAAUGAUUAACUUGUUAAUUAGAAAGUUCUCAAAGCACCAAGUAAAUUAGAAAAUGGGGCAAUGUAUUUUGGAGAGUGGAUAAAUGAUUUAAGACAUGGGAAAGGCAUAUUAAUUUGUGAAGUAUAUAUUUGUAGAAAAUAUUCAAGGAUGGAUCUAAAUAUGAAGGUUAUUUUUAUUAAGGGAAUGCUCAUGGAAGAGGCAGAUUGAUACAUUCAAAUGGAGAGGUUUAUGAAGGUUAAUGGGAGAAUGAUGAAGCACAUGGUUUUGGUACAUACAUACAUGAAGAUGGAGCUACAUAUAUUGGUCAAUGGGAACAUGAUUUGUAGCAUGGGAAAGGAAGUGAAAAAUGGCCAGAUGGAAGGUAUAUGAUAAGAGUAAUUGUAGUUAUUUUGAAGGAUUCUAUAAACAUGGAAAAAAAGAUGGAUUAGGAAAAUUUGUAUGGAUUGAUGGAGCUAUAUAUGAAGGAGAAUUUAAAAAUAAUAAUAUUGAUGGAUAUGGAAAAUACACCUGGCCAGAUUACAAAUAUUAUUAAGGUUAUUGGAAGAAUAAUAAAAAGUUUAUCAUAUUAUUAUAAAUAGAAAUGGAAAAGGAAAGUAUGUGUGGCCAGAUGGAAAAGUUUAUGAAGGAGACUUUGUUAAUGAUCAAAAACAUGGUUAAGGUAUUUUGAAAUUUCCAGAUGACAGAUAAUAUGAAGGAGAAUGGUAUAAUGAUAAAUAACAUGGAAAAGCAUUACUUAAACUACCAAAUGGUAAAAUAUCAUAUGGACAAUGGAAAAAUGGAAUUCGUAUCAAUUGA